UGUUCUUGUCAAGAUGCUCAAACGAAAGUGUAAAUUCACUGCAGAGAUGCAGAACAAACUCCCGUGUUUCAAAAAAGGCAGGGAUGAGUGGGAAGCCGAGUGUUUGGUGUGUAAACCAGGAACAUUUGUCUCACUGGCACAUAAAGACAUUAAUGACUUCCACAUGUGAGCUUUGAGAAACAUAAGAGAGCAGUGCAAGAAAAGGGUUCAUCAAUGAAGAUGACACAUUAUUUUGUUAAACCAGGAAGUGAAGCUGAAGAUGUUAGUGCUGCAGAAGGUGCUUAUGCAUUUCACACUGUCAAACAUCACGGUAGUUUCUUAUCCAUGGAUUGUUUAUCUGUUUUGCUGAAAAAAAAUUCCUGAUUCUGAGGUGGCAAGAAAGUUUUCUAGUGUUCGAACAAAGACAGCAGCUAUUAUAAAAGCUGUGCUUGCACCUCAUUCUGUUGACGUUGCCUUAAAAAGCCUAAAAGAAAAUGAAGUAGUAUACUGUGGAAUUGCUACAGAUGGUAGUAAUCACGAUGCAUUAAAGCUGUUUCCUGUAAUUAUUCAGUACUUUGACUGGAAGAAUGGUGGUUUAGUCAAAACUGAUUGAGUUUAAGAAUACCCCAAAUGAGACUGCAUACACUAUUGCCAAAUAUAUGAAAGAAACCCUAGGUAAACAUGGGCUUAUAAAAAGUGUGUGGCAUUUACAGGUGACAACUGCAAUACAAUGUUUGGAGGACUCAAGCGUAAGGAAGAAGGGAAUAAUGUGUUUGCAAAUCUGAAGAUGUUGGAAAAGUCAUUGAUUGGAGUAGGUUGCCCAGCACAUAUUCUGAAUAACUGUGUUCAUCAUGGAGCAGAAAGAAUGGAUAUUGAUAUUGAAAAUAUUAUCAAUAAGAUUUAUCAGUAUUUUCAUAUCUACACAGUUCGCUCUGAAAAACUAAAGGAGUAUUGUGAAUUUGCUGAGGUUGAGUACAGGAAACUUCUCUCUCAUAGUAAGAGUCGUUGGCUGUCACUAUUUCCUGGCAUCACAAGGCUGAUAGAGAUGUUUCCUGCUCUUAAGUCCUUCUUUCUUUCACAAGAGCAACCACCAACAGUAAUAAAAAAAUUCUUUGAAAAUGAAAUGAGUGAGAUUUACCUCUGGCACAUGCACUCUUUAAUGGCUGUAUUUCACACACACAUUCAAACAACUGAAAAGGAAAGUAACUCUGUUGUAGAAGUGCUGACAAAUUUGGAGUCUGUGUGUAAAGUACUUGCAGAAAGAAAGAACCAGCAUUUCAUGUCUUUAAAAGUUAAAGGACUAAUUGCUCAGAAGCGCACAGAAGGAAAAGAAGAAGAGUGUAACAGGUUCUGUGUUGAAGUAGUUAACCUGUACAACAGAUGCUCAGAGUACUUAGCUAAGUGGAUAAAACCACUGGAAGAGUUCUCUUGUUUCAAGUGGAUAGUCUUGAGUGAAAUGCCUAACUGGACUGAUGUGGAACCUUGUGUUGUAUACUUGAUAGACAAGGGAAUAGAGCUUGAUGAUGUAAAGUGCUUUGACCAAGUUUGUAGCUUGAGGCAGUUUGUAGAAAGGAACAAGAAUGAUGAAGACUUCAGUAAAUUACCAGCACAUAAAAAAUGGACCAGAUACUUUGAAGCAUCAAAGAAUAUUGAAUGCCACUCAGAACUGCUCAGAACUGCACAAUUCUUUUUUGCUGUAACAUCCCACAAUGCUAAUGUGGAGCGAGUCUUUUCGCUGAUGCAAAGUCAGUGGACGAAGGAAAGGAACAAGCUGUGUUGAUACUAUGAAAGGUAUUCUGACUGUACAGUACAACUACCGAGAGACCUCUUGCGUUGACUUCUUCAACUUUUUAAAGUCCAACAAGGAACUACUUAAAAAUAUAAGAUAAUAAGAUCUACAGAAAAAUAUGCAUCGGCACAUCAAGCAACACACGCAGUGGUUGAAGAAGAGUUAGAAGACAGCAACUAAACUAGUUGGAAAAACGGAAUUCAAGAUUAUCAGCCAUAUGCAAAGGUGACAGUCUAGGGAUGGCUCUCCAUGUGCAUUGGUGGCUACUAGGAUGCCAUGUGGUAUCCUUCAUUGCCUGCAUCACCAUCCACAGCACCAGCACACUUCCCCCAGAUCUGCCAACACCCAGCCCACCAAGCUCUGCCCACUCAUGGAAUCUGUUUGGCCGGCCUGGUGAUGGCUACUACACCAGUGUGGAGGUUGGCACUCCCUCACAGAAGUUCAAUGUUUUGGUGGAUACUGGCAGCAGCAACUUUGCCAUAGCAGCAGUUAUGCAAAAGGAACUUGACAGCUAUUUUGAAGCUAAGAACUCCUCAAGCUUUGUUGACCUGGAGAAGGAGGUUGAGGUUGGCUAUACACAGGGCAGCUGGAGUGGCAGGCUUGGCAAGGAUGUGGUGUUGUUCCCUGCCUUGCAGGCAGGCACCACUCCUUAUCUGAUGGAUCUGGUGCUAAUCACCUCUUCACACAAUUUCUAUGUCAACAACUCACAGUGGCAGGGUAUUGUUGGGCUGGCCUUUCCUGUGCUGGCCAAGCCCCAGGGAGCAGUGCAGCCCUGGAUAGAUGAAGUUAUCCUCAGGGACAAUCUGACAAAUGCCUUCACUCUGGAGCUGUGUGGACCAUCAAGAGAGGCUGGCCCCUCUUCUCAUUAUGGCAGAUUGACACUUGGUUCUGGAAGUGGCAGCUGCUCCCCUGUGGCAGUGAGCUGCCCCAUCAGACGGAAGUGGUUUUAUGAGGUGGUUGUGACAGCUCUGAGUCUCCAAGGGAAGGAAGUUAGUAUUCCAUGCAUCAAGUUCAACACUGACAAGACCAUUGUGGACUCAGGCACAUCAAAUCUCCGUCUGCCUCCCGAGGUUUUCAAAGCAGUUAUGAAAGAAUUAAAGCUACAGGCAUCAGGAGGAAUGAACCCACCUCUGCCUGAAGGGUUUUGGUCAGGGAAUGAAGAGGCUUGCUGGCCUGAAAGCAGCAAGCUGUGGAUGAACUUCCCAAAUCUCACCAUCCACUUAGCCACUGGCAACCAUUCUGCCAUCACCAUCACUGUGGGGCCCAGGUCAUACCUGCGUCCGGCCCCAGACAGUGUUUCAACUAGUCUCCUGGACUGCUGGGUGCUGGGCAUUGAGGAGUCACAAACUGGAACUGUUCUAGGUGCAGUAAUCCUAGAAGGCCUGUGUGUGACAUUUGACCGAGCGCAAGGCGUCAUCACAUUCUCAGAGUCAACAUGUGGACCAUUGGUGACCCUUAGUGAAACACACAACACAGAAGAUAUGAGUGUGUGCAUGUACACCCCAAAAAGAGUGGGAGCCUUAACACUGGCUUCUUACAUCAUGGGGGGAUUACUGGGCUUCCUGUCACUGCCCCUGGUCCUGGCUGCCCUCAGGUGGGCAUGGAAUACAGCACACAAGUUGCGCUUAAACCAAGGGAUUCCCUUCACAAUUUUAGAUGAGAACAAUACCUGAGAGAAAAUUUUUCUAGGUGCUGACUGUGAGAUAGAAAAUUGUACAUUUUAUUUAUUUAUUUUCUACUUGAAGAUGCUAAUUCCUACGCUGGCUUUCCCUGCAAGUGUAAGUAGAAUGCUCUGCUGUUGGACAGGGGGUUGAUGGGCAACUUGAGUAGGGUUACAGGCGGUGCAUGCAUGAGCAUGGUUUAUUCAGAUGGCCAUACAUCUAAGUGCCAAACUUCAUGUCAUCUUUAGUGGCCGUAAAAUAUAUUUAGGCAUUAAGAUACAUUAAAAUGUGAUAUUAUAUUUUUUAUAUCAAGGAAUAUAUAUGGGGAAGAUGAUAUUUAAAUAUUUAAUACUGCUUGAAGAGUCUUGAUUUGUUAUGAUUAUAAAAUUCACAAACUCAUGCUGUUACAUUUUUGCAUAAUUUCAAAAUCAGCCAGUUCCAGCAGCAUACCACAAUGCCUUGAGUGUUCAGGUGCAGCAGCAAAGAAGGUCAGUUGAGGCUUGAACAGUGCAUGAGUUCUGCUUGUCUGACCUUGCUUGUCCAAAUGAACCUUGGAGACUGUGAGAGUGCUUUCUGUGUUUCUGCUUGGCAGCUGGGACAGGCAUAUUUAUAGAGGUAUGGUGAGAACAGGGUAGUUAACAGACUGCCCUUCAAGUGAAGCAGUGGUCCAGUUCUAGUAUUUAGUUAUGCAGUGUAGCAAUGAUGACUGAAGUUUGUAAGUAAGAGGCCCAAGGAAAUAUAUUCUUACAUACAAUAUUUUCUUGUUGACAUUAGAUUGUAACUUCUUAGUUUGAAACUUUUGGUUAGGAAUUAACAAUAUAUGUUAUGAAACAACUACUUACAGUAUCCAUUAACAUAAAAAUAGUUCUUUUAAAAAGUAAUAUCAUGAUGAAAUUGUAUAUACUUAGAAGAUAUUGUGAGCUGCAUGUAUCAUGGUUGUGAUGACACUGGUGGCUUUAUUGUGGUGAACUUUUGAUUUGUCAAGAUGAUGGUGUUCCAAGAUAAGAGGCUGCAGGAGAGCAGCAUGAAGUAAAUGAUGGAGGAAGACAGAUUGGACAUCUUUUCCAAAUUUUCACAAAACAUUGGCCUCAACUGUCAGCAGCAUAAUCAUUUAAAUUUUCUCUUAUCAAGCAUUGCCUGAGCAUGGGUGUAACUGAUUGGUAUUCACUGCAGUAUGAUGAAUGUAGCAUCAUGUCUUAUUUUGUGUGUUUUAUUCAUUAUUUACUUAUUUGUUUUUCCUUGUCUGGGCCACCUCAUGUGAGAUUGCUGGCUUACAUACAGAUAGAUAGAUUUAUUUAUUUAUUUAUUCAUGAGCAUUAGAUUUUUAGAUGUGGCUUGGUAAUGUAGUGAUGGGAUAGGAACCUCAGCUCACAGCAUUAUCUACAUCCUGUGCAAGGUUGGUAAUAGCACAGACCAAAUUGUAAAAGAGACAGUAGUGUUUCAUGGAAAUGUUGCUUCCUUCAAGUCACUUUGAAUUUAAUCUAUGGGAGUGUUUAUCUAUGGGAGUGUUUAUCAAGUGGUGCAGCCAGCAUACAUCAGUACUGUGUUAACUUGGCACAGUACUGACAUGAGCAGGGACAGGCAAGGACAGUGCAUAGUUGACUGAAAUUUAGUCUCAUGACAGAAGAAGAGAGUUGUCUGAGAAGUGCCUGUUUUGUGAACAAAAUGGAUGAAAGCUAAAAAAAUAGUAUGUGUAAUCUUGAAAUUUCAUAUACAAUAAAGGAACAUCAAUGAAUUUUGAGAUGAAAAAGGUGAUCACAUGUAACAAUAAAUGGUAAAUGUAAAUUUAUAGACUUACAUUAUGCAUGUACUUACACUAGUACACUUGGUGAAGCCAUAAUAUUAGUAAUGUCUUAAGUACUACACUAUGUAUAUUUUGUAUCUUUGACUUUUGACAGUGCAAAACCAUGAGGUGCCAUAACUUCAGUGUGUUUAAAUUCAUAUUCAUUUUUAAUAAACCAACACCAUUCACUA